CCCCCCCCCCCCAUGUUACUGUCCCAUCGUCUGUACCCAAACCAUGCCCACCUCUCUGGCCCCUACUGUGGGCCCUAACUCCAGCACGGUGCCCUGGGACCCGGGUGCCCACCACCCCUCCUCCUUGGUCAACAGCGUGGUGAAGAUGGCCCUGAUCUCGGUCAUCGUGUGCACCUCGCUGUUCGGUAAUGUGGUGGUGCUGCUGGUGUUCCAGAGGAAGCCGCACCUGCUGCACGUGGCCAACCGCUUCGUGCUCAACCUCCUGCUGGCCGACCUGCUGCAGACGGUGCUGGUCAUGCCCUUCGCCAUCGCCGCCAACGUGCCCGAGGUCUGGCCCCUGGACGCCCACCUGUGCCAGGCCCUGGUGGUGCUCAUGCACCUCUUCGCCUUCGCCGGGGUGAACACCAUCAUCGUGGUUUCGGUGGACCGCUACCUGGCCAUCAUCCACCCGCUGUCCUACCCCACGCGCAUGACGCCGCACCUGGGCACCAACCUCAUCAUCUGCACCUGGGUGCUGAGCAUCCUGCAGAGCACGCCGCCGCUCUACGGCUGGGGCUCCAUUGCCUUCGACCGCCGCCACAACACCUGCAGCGUGGUGUGGUCCUCCAGCUCGUCCUACUCCACCCUGGUCUCCGCCUUCUCCUUCUGGCUGCCGAUGGUGAUCAUGCUGGCCUGCUAUUGGAUGGUGUUCCGCGCCGCGAGGAGACAGAACGCUUUGGUGCACCCCAUCCAGGCGGGACACCAGGUGGACCCUCACACCCCCUGCCCCGGCCCCCAGCCGCAACAGCAACAGCAGCAGCAACAGCAGCAGCAGCAGCAGCAGCAGCAGCAACAGCAGUCUCCAGCGGACGCCACCCUCUCGGCAGGAUACCCCAACAGGGUGCGGAGCAGGCGGUUCCACUACCACUGCAAGGCGGCCAGGGUGGUCUUCGUGAUCAUGGCCUCCUACAUCCUGAGCAUGGGACCGUACAGCGUGCUCAGCGUCAUCUCCAUCCGCUCGGGCUCGGCGGUGCCCGCCUGGCUGACCUCGCUGGCCCUCAUCCUCUUCUUCUUCCAGUGCUGCGUCCACCCCUACAUCUACGGCUACAUGCACCGCAGCGUGCGCAAGGAGUUCCUGGCCCUGCUGUGCGGCCCGCUCUGCCGGCAGGGCCAGCAGGCACGCGGCUCUGCCGUGGAGAGCUGCUUCACCGUCACGGACGGGCGCUCCGGACUCCCGCACCUACCCAGCAUGGCCGCCCGGAUCUACCCCCUGCGCACCUGGGAGGAGGGCACCACGUCCUCCUCCCCGACCGAGAGGAGGUCCCGGGACAGCCGCAAGGAGACCACCUCCGUCAGCCUCAGCUCCGAGAGAGAGCUCAUCGUCCACGGCAAGUGACCCACAAGGGUGGGGGGGAACCUCGGAUGUGCAGAAUGAGAACACUGUUUUUUUUGUAAGUAGCAGCAGGUUAAUGUGUGAUAUGAUUCUACCGCAGUUGUGGGUCAUCAUACAGCGGGUCUUUUCAAUCCCGUGCUACAUAUCGCCUACAGGGAAUAUGA